CCUGGCCGACUGCGUGAAAAACGUUUGUGCUAUUGCAAACGUUUGUAAUUAUUUUUAUUAAAAACAACGUAAUAAUCCACCGAAAACCCAAUUUGAAGGUCAUAUAGAUGUACAAAAAGUGCAAGCCAAGACUUUUGGCAUAAAGCGUUAAAGAAGGUUGCAUACAGGUUGCUGAAAAUUACUGGUGAAUCAGCAGCUACAUAUAAACGGGAGGGCAACGGUAGCGUCAGUAAAGGCAAUAUCUAAUUAUUAUCUACACACAAAUCGCAAUUCAAUAUGGUCAAUACAUCUGGCAGUGAAGAUGGCCAGCUGCGCAGCCCCAACGAUGGACACUAUAUCAGCGGCGAAGACGAUCAUGACGCAGACGCACUGUACAUACAACCGCCACAGGCAGCCAGCAGCCAGGGCCGAGAUCCGGCCAGUACGCGUCGCGAGAAGAAGAAACACUCGCGCGAUCGUCGACACAAGGAGCGCAACAGUUUAGAGGGCGUCGAACGGGAGAGAGAGCGAGAGCGUGAUCGAGAACGCGAAAGAGAUCGAUAUGAGUAUCGGGGAGCACGAGAGGAUAUGGAACAGCGCUAUCAUCAGCACCAUCAACAGCAUCGCAGUGAGCGAGCCAAGCAUCAUUUAAGCCAUGCCUAUCAUUACCCGCAACAGCUGCCAUUACCGCCGCCGCCACAGAGUUAUGUUCAUCAUCACCACCAUCAUCAGCAACUAAUGAGCUUAUCCCGUGGGGGCGGACGCACCGAUUACUAUCAUAGCAGCCGGCACGUUGAUUAUGUGGAUGUGGAUCAGCCGCCGCCGCCGCCUCGACGUGCUGUCAAACAUGCCUACGAACAGCCCAAGGAUGCUGAGAGCCUGGAGCAGGAUCUGCGUUCACGGCUGCUCAGCAAGCGGCACAAAUAUGUCAAAGACUAUGAGUCGGAAGAGAACUAUGAGCAGCUCCAGCCGUCGCAUAGUCGCCGCAAGGAUCGCGAGUCACGACGCGGCAGCCACAGUCAUAAGCUACGUCAUGGCCAAGUCAUUGAGCUGCUGGACAGUCCCGAGACAGCGGCGGCGACUCAGCAUCAUCGCAGCAAACAACAAAAACGAGCCGAAGCCGAGGAAGCCCUAAAUCCGGUGCUACAACGCCGCACAGCAAACAGUGAUCCGGAGCUGCUAGCGCGGCGCGAGAAGAUUCUGGCAGCCGAGCGAGAGAAUCGCCAGCGUAAGCAAAUUGCACGCGAGGAGCUGGAGGCGCGUCGUGAACAACUGCUGCGCGAACGGAACGAGCACAGUGAUGCGCUCAGUCCCAGCGCCGUGGCGGCCAGUGUGACAGCCGGUCUUCAUAUAGUCAAGCGCAAGCAAAAAGUGAAAAUGGAGGACGUUCAUUACGAGCGAAGAAAGCGUAUCAAGCAGACAGCUGAGGAAGUCAAGCGACAGACCAAGCAAAAUGAUGAGGGCAGCGAAGAGAGCGAAGAAUCUGACUCCGAGGAGGAGGAGGAGGACGACGAGGAGGACAGCGGCAGUGCGGAAAGUGACAGCGAUACGGCAGACAGUGCAGAAAGUAGCUACGCACAGGAGCCGCACAAGAAGAACAAGCGAAAACGAAAGCUGCCAGAUGAUGAUGAAGAUGUUCCACUGCCAGAUAGUCCACUGAGUGUGGGCGCUCUAUACAAAUCACCCAAGCAAAGGGCGCGCUCACGUUCCGCCAGCUCCAAGAGCUCAGAGCGCAGUCAUAGCAGCGCAGCCAGCAGCAAUAGCAAUAGUCGACACAGCAGCCGAAGCCGCAGCAGUCGCAGUCGUUCGCGCUCGCCAGCCAGCAGCCUGGGCGAAAGGCAACGUUCGCGCAGCAGCAGCACGCGCAGCGAGGAGCGUGGCAUGGCACAACAGCAGCAACAGCAGCUGCUGGACAACAUUGAAGCCAGCAUCACGGAAAAGCCGCCCAAGGCACCUGUUGAGGAAUUGCCGCCCUGCGAUGACAAAGGCGUACCGCUGCCCAACUAUUAUCCGGGUGUGCAGGGCUGUCGUUCGGUUGAAGAGUUUCAAUGCCUCAAUCGCAUCGAGGAGGGCACGUACGGUGUCGUUUAUCGUGCCAAGGACAAACGGACCAACGAGAUUGUUGCCUUAAAACGUCUGAAAAUGGAAAAGGAAAAAGAAGGCUUUCCUAUAACAUCCCUGCGUGAGAUUAAUACGCUGCUGAAGGGCCAGCAUCCCAAUAUUGUGACGGUUCGUGAGAUUGUCGUUGGCUCCAACAUGGAUAAGAUAUUCAUUGUCAUGGAUUAUGUGGAGCACGAUCUUAAAUCCCUAAUGGAAACAAUGAAACAGCGCAAACAGAGCUUCUUUCCGGGCGAAGUCAAAUGCCUUGUCCAACAGCUGCUGCUCGCUGUCGCCCAUUUGCACGACAAUUGGAUUUUGCAUCGUGACCUGAAGACCUCUAAUCUGCUGCUCUCCCACAAAGGCAUUCUCAAGGUCGGUGAUUUUGGAUUGGCCCGCGAAUAUGGCUCACCACUUAAGAAGUACACUUCCUUGGUAGUCACGCUAUGGUAUCGGGCACCAGAGCUCCUGCUCUGCUCCCCGGAGUACUCCACGCCCAUAGAUGUGUGGUCUGUGGGCUGCAUUUUUGCCGAAUUCCUCCAAAUGGCGCCACUCUUUCCGGGCAAGUCAGAAAUCGAUGAGCUUAAUCGCAUAUUUAAGGAACUCGGCACACCCAACGAAAAAAUCUGGCCUGGAUACUCGGAGCUGCCGGCCGUCAAGAAUAUGUUAAGCCAAAACUCACAGUUCACGGAUUAUCCGGUCUCGCAGCUGCGCAAACAUUUUCAGGACAAAACCUCUGAUGCAGGACUCGGACUGCUGCAGGGCCUACUGACAUACGAUCCAAAACAAAGACUGACUGCUGAUGCGGCGCUUAAGCAUGGCUACUUUAAGGAGCUACCCCUACCCAUCGAUCCAUCCAUGUUUCCCACUUGGCCCGCCAAAAGCGAGUUGGGCGCACGCAAAGCGCAGGCUUCAUCCCCAAAGCCGCCAUCCGGCGGCUCGCAAUUCAAGCAGCUGGGACGUGAUGAACCCAUGCCAACAGCAGCUGUUGGUGGCGGUGGGGCAAAGCUCGCCUCGGGCAUUAUAACGGGCAACAAGAAGAGCGGCGCAACGGCGGCCAGCACCGGAUUUGUGUUAAACGCGGGUCUAACGCAGCGGCAGCUGGCAAUGGGUCCCGGCUUCAGCUUGAAGUUCUGAGACAGAUUGUGUGUAUACAGAUUUGUAGCCAAUUUGAAUAAUUGUUAUGUAUAGUUUAGCGUGUAAGAUGAAAAAAGAGGAAACAAAAAAUAUCGUUUAAUGUAUGUGUACAAAUAUUGUUCCAAAUAUAAUUUAAAAAGCCAUACUACAAACACACAACA